UCUCUCUCUCUCACAGCUGUGUGUGUGUGUAAAAGAGAGCGCUUUAAAUGUUUCAGUGACUGUCCGUUGCCGGAAACUCCCAUCCCCCCACCUUUCCCGGCGAAUUUUCUGGUAACUUCCCCUCUCCAAGCUCCAGCCAGUUACUCCACCCCCUGGAUUCCAUUUCCAGAAAAAGAUAGUCCGGCGAGUCUUUUCACUCUCAGAUUUUUCACGGUCCUUCUCGUUACAGUCACUUCAACGCCAAACAAAAAUUCUUCUCACAAUUGAUUCCUAUUUUUGAUUUUCUUCGUUUGUUAACUUUUUUAUCGUCUGCUAAAGAUAUUUUAUGUGUUGAUUGAUUUUUGGGUUUUCAGAAGUUCUCUUUUGCCAAUGCAGUUGUUUAAUUUGGUUCUUUAGCGGCUUUUUCUGUUAAUUUUCUGGGUUCUUUUCCAUAUUUUUCUUUGGUAGCAAUUUCUAGCUGUUAAAUAGUCAAAACGCAAAAGUUACUUGCGUACAUGCACAUUUGUAUGUACAUGUGUAUCUUUUGAUGAGUUUGAAGGUUAAAUACAGUAGAAUUUGGUUCUUGAGAGCUUAAAAAGAGUUCAAGAACCAAUCUUUUCAGCUCCUAUUCAAAGUCACUUCCAGUUUACUUGUCUCCUCUUUAGGUUCCUGAGAAGUAUUCUUUUAGAUAGAAAAAAAGAAAAGAAGAACUGUCUUUCUCGAUUUUCAAUCUGAACCCAACAAUGCCAUAACUUUUGUUAACACUAUAUUAAUUUAUUUAAAUGAGAAUUCUGUUUGGUGUAUUGUUAGUCUUUUUUUCGUUUCCCAUUUUGGUGAAAUCUCUGACCCCUUCUCUAAAUGAUGAUGUUCUGGGGUUGAUUGUGUUCAAGGCUGAUAUUCAACAUCCAGAUGGGAAAUUAAGUUCUUGGAACGAAGAUGAUGUUAGCCCUUGUGAUUGGGUUGGUGUGAAAUGCAACCCCAGAUCCAAUAGAGUAUCUGACCUUGUUCUUGAUGGAUUUGGACUUUCUGGAAAACUAGGUAGAGGUCUACUUAAAUUGCAGCUUCUGCGAAAGCUUUCGCUAGCAAAAAACAACCUUACAGGAAGCAUAAGCAUCGGUUUUGCUCAGCUUUCUAAUCUGAGGGUGCUGGACCUGAGUGAGAAUAGCCUAUCCGGGUCAAUUUCGAACGAUUUCUUUAGGCAAUGUGGGUCUUUGAGAUCGGUUUCCUUGGCGAAUAACAAAUUUUCAGGCCAUAUUCCUGAGAGCUUGGGCAUGUGUUCAACGCUUGCUUCACUGAACUUUUCAGGCAAUCAGUUUUCGGGAUCCUUGCCAUCAGGGUUAUGGUCAUUGCACGGACUGAGGAUGCUUGACUUAUCUGAUAAUUUGUUGGAGGGAGAGAUUCCAAACGGCAUUGAAGGUAUGAACAAUUUGAGGGGGAUAAGUUUGAGGAAGAAUCGAUUUACUGGUGAAGUUCCGGAAGGAAUUGGAGAUUGUUUUUUGCUGAGGUCAAUUGAUUUGAGUGAAAAUUCAUUUUCUGGAGGGCUUCCAAACACAAUGCAGCAGCUUACCUUGUGUAAUAAUCUAUUGUUUGGAAAAAAUGGAUUCACAAGGGAGGUUCCUGAAUGGAUUGGAGAAAUGAGAAGCCUUGAAACCCUGGAUCUUUCUGAAAAUAACUUAACUGGCCAAGUUCCAGAUUCUCUUGGGAAGCUCUUGUCAUUGAAAGUUUUAAAUGUAUCCAAGAAUUCUCUCACUGGACUCUUGCCCGAGUCUAUGAAGAAUUGUGUAAACCUUCUGACUCUUGAUAUUAGCCACAAUUAUUUGACUGGUGAACUUCCUUCUUGGCCAUUCGAGCUUGGUUUACAGCAGCUUCUGUUUUCAGAUAAUAGAUUAAGUGGGAGUGUGGAUAAUACUCUUGCUUCCUCCUUGGAGAGUUCUCGUCACAAGCUUGUAGUUUUGGAUAUCUCUAAGAAUCAGCUAUCUGGUGAAAUUCCCAGUUCUACCGGAGAUUUCAGCAACUUGCAUUUCUUGAAUAUGUCGAAAAACUCAUUUGUAGGUAGUAUUCCAGCAAGAAUUGGACAAUUGAAAAUCUUGGAAACUCUGGAUUUGAGCGAUAACCAGUUAAAUGGUAGCAUCCCAUUGGAAAUUGGUGGAGCUACAUCUCUUGAGGAAUUGUGGCUAGAGAAGAACUUGUUCGAAGGCAACAUUCCCACCGCCAGUGGCUCCAUCAGAGGGAAAAGGUGGCGUCGUCUUCUUCUUUAUUUUUGGAUAAAAAUGCCAAAAAAUGAAGGGAAAGUCCAUCAUGAUAAUCUUGUAGCACUUGAAGGUUAUUACUGGACCCCUUCACUGCAGCUUCUUAUAUAUGAAUAUGUCUCUGGUGGAAAUUUGCAUAAGCACCUUCAUGAAGAAUCUGGUGGAAAUUACCUUUCAUGGAACGAUAGGUUCAAUAUUAUUCUUGGUGCAGCUAAAGGCUUGACUCAUUUGCAUCAAAUGAACUUGAUCCAUUACAACAUAAAAUCAAGUAAUAUCUUGAUUGACAAUUCUGGUGAACCUAAGCUUGCAGAUUAUAGUUUAGCCAGGCUGUUGCCCAUGUUAGAUCGAUAUAUUUUGAGCAGCAAGAUUCAGAGCGCCCUCGGUUACAUGGCACCAGAAUUUGCAUGCAAAACUGUUAAGAUAACCGAGAAAUGUGACGUGUAUGGAUUCGGGGUUCUGGUGCUGGAGGUCGUCACAGGGAAGAGGCCUGUUGAGUACCUGGAGGACGAUGUUGUAGUGCUCUGUGACAUGGUUAGAGGAUCAUGGGAAGAAGGCAGAGUGGAGGAAUGCAUUGAUAGUAGGCUACAGGGGAAGUUUCCAGUCGAGGAGGGAAUUCCAAUGAUAAAGUUAGGCUUAUUCUGCACAUCACAAGUUCCUUCGAACAGGCCCGACAUGGCAGAAGUGGUUAGUAUAUUGGAGCUGAUUAGAUGCCCUUCAGGAGGCCAGAUUGAAUCAGGAUGAGUUCAGCUAAGCGUUCAAGGUAAGUAGGUGCAUUAUCAUGGCUUAUCAGGCGAAGAAGAAUCCCGUUGGUUUGUUUAAGAAGUAGAAAUUCAGAUUUAGCUCUAAUAUUUUUCCUCUUCUGUUGUUUUUCUUAAGUUUUUUAAUCGUUCGGUUAAAUGUUUGGCAACGGGAUUCCUUUUCACCAGGUUCCAAUUUGGGACGCCACUGGAUAUCAAAUCGUUACUUUCUGAUCCUAGUCUUUCA